AUGUUUGCGAUUUCUUCACAAACACAGUGUGACAAUUACCCUAAUCACACAAUUGAUUCCACCGGUAGAGACCUGAUUCUAGAAAUUCACAAUCAAAAAAGGGAGGCGACAGCUAAAGGUCAAUACAGAAACGGUGUCAACGAUUUCAAAAUAAGAAACGCGAAGAACAUGAUGGAAAUGAAGUACGACUGCGAAUUGGAGAAGGCUGCACAUGAUAUUGCAGUACAGUGCAAUAACGCAGAAACCCCCCAAACGUCACUUACCACCGAAGGCGAAAAUUUCUUGAAAAUUGACAAAGUGUACUCAGAAAUAGGAACGGCAUCAAACGUUAUGUACACAGCAGGAACCAAGUGGUUCGAAGAAAUUACGAAUAAUGGGAUCAAUCAAAAUAUAGACUUCACUCAAUUUUUCGCUAAUAAGAAGCCUACUGUAUACCAUUGGUCACAAAUGGUUUGGGCGAAGACGUAUAAAAUUGGCUGCGAGAUAGCGGACUGUGAAGAUUUGAUGAAUAGGGUGUACACCAUCGUAGUGUGUCGUUAUAGCCCCAAAGGAAAUGUCGUGGGAAACAAAGUAUACCAACCCGGCAAGAUACUGGAUUGCGAAUAUGGAACAUCCGCAGGAUAUCCUUUCCUUUGUGCAUAUCCUCCUUUCUCAUAA